GCGCAUAAUCGGACAAAGAAACGACAAAACUUUUUCUGAUCUACUUAUGGAAAAACCCCGGAUGGAUGGAUGUCCCACAAUAUUCUCGAAAGAAUUGCAAAAAAGUCUUGUCUACAGUAACACUAUUCCAUCUUAAUCUCGUUGAACUACACGCCUAAAAAAUCGACUUUGAUACUUGAAAAUGAGUGGGCCUCCGUUUGUAAAGAAGCUGAAAAUUGAAGCAGAUGAAAAUGGAAAAACAAUGGAAGAAGAAAACAGAAAUGAACAAGAAGAAGCACUGCUGGCUCUCAUCGAUCACCGCACAAAAGAAGUCGUGCAUCUUCGCCAACGCGUUUCUUAUUACACAUCCCAGCUCAAUGAAGCAGAGAGGAGGCUGGAUGAGACACAAAUUAAACUGGCUCAUCUUCAAGGACGGGACAAAGGGCCAGCUUUGAAAAAUUCACCUCGAAAGGAAGAAGUCAAAGUUGAAAGAAGAUCCACGAGUCCUGUUCAGGUCAGUGAAGGCUCUUCUCAAAGCCAGUCUCAUGGUCCACCUCGUUCAGGCCAGGAAACCAUAAAGUCGUCCAGUGAUAAUCUGAAUACUUAUGGAACACCAAGUAGUCCUUUCUACAAAAAGGAGGAUUCUCCUCAAACCCAAAGUCAAUCUACACGGUCUGCUACUCCAAAUACUUCACAGCCUAUAAAGAUGAAAGCAUCUGGAACUAAAGUUUCCAGUGGUUAUGGUUCUCAGCCCAGUGCGUCGAGGCCAACUCGUGUCAACAAUAUUGUACAAUCCAAAGAGGACAGAUCGCAUAGAACAUCUUCUCAGCGGGAAUCCAUGGAAACUCAACCUAAAAAAACAAAGAGGAAGCUUGAGCUGAAAGAACAUAAAGAGUUGAUUCCAUUAAUAGGCAGCAGCUCCUCACCAAAUAUAAUCCGCACCCAGACAGGAUGUUUUCAAUCUAGUCAACACAAAAGAAAGUUGAGAAGUCUUGUAAUGUGUCCGACAAAUGAUCAACUAUUUGUGACCAGCGCAUUGGAUGGAGAUGUCAAUUUGUGGCAAAUUCAGGGCAGAGGAUCAAGUGCUCAUCGUCUAAGUACAACUGACUGUCAAUCAGCCAAGCAGAGGAGAUGGCCAGAAGAUAUAGCUUGGCAUCCACAAGGAACCAGCCUCUUUUCAGUUUAUAGUGCAGAUGGUGGGGAUUCUCAGAUAUCAAUUCUGAAUCUUAAUAAGGGAAAAGAGGUAAGGAUCAUGAUUGAGAGCUAGUUUUUUUUUUUUUUUAGUAUUAUCUUAAGCUUGCAGGUGUACAUUUGACAUGUACCCAUGUAAAGUACAGACAUUACCAUGUCAUCUUUGUGCCUUUAUUCCAAUCUAGCAUAUGUGGUGAUCAGAUUCAUUUUCAUAAUGAAAUAUACGACAAAUGGAAAAUUUGUUGGAUCUACAUUGCUUGUGUCCCAGACAUCGCAAACAUUUGACAGUAACUGUAUACAAGAAUUGGUGUCUAUCCAUAAAGUAAUUGCCUAUUGGUUGAGCUAUCCUUUUGACUUGUCAAAUUCUCUCGGCAGUUUCUUCUAACUAAUGCAGCACACAAUCUCUUUGCGUUCCCCCUUAUUAGUGAGCAGGGCUCAAAGCUGGGGAAAAAAAAAAAAA